AUGGGUGAUGACCUGCUUGACGAAGACGGAUGUGCAGCAAGCGACCGAGGAAGAGGAACUGUUGCGAAAGAUUAUGGAAUACGUCACAACAAGUUGGCCAGCCAAACAAAAGGUGCCGGAAGAGGUCAGGCCAUUCUACGCGAAGUGCGUGAUGAGCUGUCUGUUGCCGACGGAGUGGUCUUCAGAGGGGAAAGAGUAUUAGUUCCCGAGACACUGACGAGCAGGAUAAUUGCCCAGGCACAUCAGUCCCACCAAGGAAUGGUCAGAACAAAGCAGAGGAUACGGAGCACGUAUUGGUGGACUGCCAUGGACCGGCAAGUAGAAGAUUACGUGAGAAACUGCGCUGUUUGUCAGUCAGCUGACAAGUCUGCAAAGGUGUCGCCGGCACCACUUCAGCCGGUGCCACUGCCUGAGAAGCCAUGGCAGAAGUUGGCAAUAGACAUCGUGGGGCCGUUUGAGUGCACGACGCCCAGUUGCAGAUUCGCAAUAUGUUUGAUGGACUAUUAUAGUCGGCGGCCGGAGGUCGCCUUUGUGGGAACGAUUACCAGAACGUCACAGGUAGUCAUUGGGUUCCUUCGGCAAGUCUUCAGCAGGGAAGGAUUACCAGAAGAACUAGUUUCGGACCAUGGACCGCAGUUUACAGGAAUAAUCUUUGAACAGUUUCUGAGGGGUUGUGGAGUGAAGCAUUUGUUCUCAUCGGUCUAUUAUCCACAGGCGAAGGGUUUAAUCGAAUGA